AUGACUUUCAGUGGCAAGGAUCAGCAAAGAGUCCUGAAAAAAACUGAACAUGUGGUGGCGUUGAAAAGUGGUUCUCUGGUCCUGACUGUGCGGGGUAGCCUGGGCCCAGACCCUAGUCUUGUCGCUGGCUCGGAUGCAGGCCAGUUGCAUGGCCCAGAACUGGAAUCACAGCAUCCCUUACCUCCACCAAACCUCCCAACAAGUAGUGAAGAGUAUAAAAUACGCCUUGAUCAUUAUCUUCUCCGUUACCUGAAGGAAUGUCACAAGGCCAAAGAAGAACUGGAGGAAAAACUGGCCUCUGUUGCCUGCUCUGUUCAGUACUAUCAAGAGGAGGAGAAGGUUUUAGUCAGGAGGUUAGCUCAAUCUGGUGCUGCAGAUGAAACUGGAGAUUGGAAAGCUCAAGUGCACAAGCUUUUCGAUGGCUACAUUUGCCAUUACGAGACAGAUGCUCAUAAAGUCAAAGCUUUGCUUCAGUCCUGCAGCUCUCAGCAGAGCACAGAUGAGGUGAAGGUGUACACCGAGCUUGCGAUCGCAGUGGUGGUGGGGGAGUGUGCUCAAGUGAAAGCCAGGUUAAUGGACAUAUUAGGCCCGGAUAUAAAACGCAAAGGAUCGCGUUUAAUUGAGACUAGUGUUCGCCGACUGGGUGAGGCCAAACUGCGCCUCCUCUGGAAAGAGAUUGAGGACAACUUGGGUCAAAAAAUUCCAGGAUUAAACGUUAAACAGGGAGAUGCAGGUCAGCUUGUUUUGGAAGGCCCUGUGGAAGAGAUUGUUGAGGCCGGAGAGCUGAUCUAUGAUAUUGAGACUUCGGUGUUAGAGAAGAUACUUUCUGACACGACUCCCCAUUUCCUCACCUUUCUAAGGAAUGUUUAUGGAGGACCAGGGGUUCUAGGUAAACUUUUAGGGGUAGGUGACGAUGUGGAAGUGGAGAUACGAGACACAGGGGUGUAUCUCUUCUCCCUCUUUGCUGAUAAACUGGAUGAGGCAGAAAAGAAAAUGCAAGAAGAAUUCAAAGAUAUUAAGUGCGAUGUUCCUAACUGCUCUAUUGUACCACCUGAGCUACGGGAAAUGCUCAAGACCAAGACUAAUGAAAUGAACCGAGAGCAGUGUAGGGCUCAGGUUGUGUUUGGCUCAGACAGCAGAGUAUGCUUACUGGGCCACACAAAAGAAGUUGAAGAACUGAACGACACUGUCAUACAGUUUAUUUUGGACCAUGCAAGCAUACAAGGUAAAGUCAUACUCCCUUUCACAGAGCUAAUGCAGCUCCUACCAGAACUGCUGCAGCUACAAAAGAUUGACUAUACAGGAGUUACCUUCCAUCCUUUAACAUCUUCAUCUAAGCCCAUGCUGGGACUCGAAGGUCCAUCAAGCAAAGUGACUGAGGUCAGGAACAGGCUGGGUCCACUUUUGGACUCUCUUGUUCAGCACAAAAUCACUAUUGACUUGCCAGGGGCAUUACAGUAUUUUGAAAGUCAUUCUGGAAAGCAGAGCAUCUUAAGAGUUGCUCAAUCCCAUAAGUGUCUCAUGCAGGUUGAAGAGCAACCUCAGGCUCAUAGACACAAUGCUGGAGUGGCCAAAUACAACCUUCAGGAUGGGCUCCAGGUGCUGGUGUGUCAGGGUGACAUAACCCAACAAUACGCUGAUGCUCUGGUGAAUGCUGCCAAUGAGGAUCUGGAUCACGUUGGUGGUGUCGCCGCUGCACUGAGUAAAGCAGGUGGCCCUCAGGUUCAGAAGGAGAGCAAAGCCCUAGUAAAGCAGACUGGGAAAAUUCCCACUGGUGAGGUCGUAGUGACCACAGGAGGAAACUUAAAAUGCAAGAAACUGCUGCAUGCUGUUGGACCUGUAGCUGGAAAACCACGUGGCAGAGAAAGGAUGUUAUUAGAAAAAACUGUACAGGGUGCUCUGAAUUUAGCAGAAAUGAUGGAGUUUAAGUCUAUCGCUAUGCCUUGUAUCAGCUCAGGUAUCUUUGGGGUCCCUCUCAAUGUGUGCUCUGAGGCUAUCGUAACUGCUGUUAAGGAGUUUGGUAGUCAGGGAGGUCGAAGUCUGAGCAAAAUCAUCCUGAUUGAUAAUAGAAGUGAGGUGGUGAGGGCCAUGCAGGCAGCAUGUGACAGGCUUCUCCAAGGAAGGAGUUCUGCACACAGCACGGCGAGUCAUUUUGGGAUGAACGUGGAUGCUGUUGGUCAAGGUGCACCAAGAGGAGCCACUGCUGGAGCUCCUGGAGGCAUUGUCCAUGUAGAGAUCGUUCAGGGAACCAUCGAGACCCAGGAGGUGGAUGCCCUGGUGUCUCCUAUGCUUGGCCAUGAUCCUCUCUCCACCCGUGUUGGAAAUGCUUUGGUCAAGGAGGUUGGACCUAAGCUGACUGAACACUUUCACAAGGAAGCAGGAGGAGCAACAAAGCCUGGUGACAUUGUCCUGGUGGAGGGCUUGCCUACACUCAAAUCUAAAGCAGUGGUCUUCCUCAACCAAAUCUGUUGGGACAAACAAGGAACUGCAGCCCAGGUGCUGAGAAAGGGAAUCAAAAAUAUCCUGGCCUCCUGUGUGGUAAGAGGUUUUAGUUCGGUUGCCUUUCCCAUGCUUGGCACCGGUGCUAUCCUGCACUUCCCUCACAACAUGGCAUCCAGGAUUCUCCUGGAAGAGGUGGGCAUAUUUGAACAGAACCGAGCCAGCAGAUCACCUUUCCUGGUCCGUUUCGUCAUUCACCCCAGCGAUAAAGAAUCUACCAAGGCCUUCCAGUCUGCCCAGAAAAUGGUGCAACUCAAAGGAUACACCAGCGAUGCUAACCCAGAUCAAGUGUCCUUUUACCGUUGCAUCUCCACAACUAAUGACGAGGUCACAGCCAUGCUGAGUGGAGUCAAGCUUCAGAUGGUGCAGGGUGACAUUAUUAACGCAGGCACGGAUGUCAUUGUCAAUACAACUAACUUCUCUGACAACAAUGCAGGUGUCAGCAAAGCCAUUCUGACUGCAGCAGGACCCACUAUACAAGCCGAGUUAGCAAAAAUCGGCACUCCGGUAGACCUCAUGUGCACCACAGGACCCGGGUUGCUUGGUUGUCGUGAAAUCAUCCAUGCCAAUUUUAAGCAGGACACCAUUCGAGACAAGUGUAAAAAGAUACUGAAGCAGUGUGAGGGCAAAGGCUAUCACUCGGUGGCCUUCCCAGCCAUCGGCACUGGAAUGGGUGGCAUGGACUCCACUGCUGCUUGUAAAGCCAUGUUGGACGGCAUGGCCUCUGCGAUUUGCAAGUUGAAACCAAAUUCUCUCGCACUCAUCCGCAUUGUCAUCGUACAGCAACCUGUCUUCAAGGCUUUCAGAACAGAGCUGGAGAACCGCUUUGGACAAAUCUCCCCUUGCCGCCUCAGCCUAAAAGAAAGGGCUAAACAAAUGCUGAGGAAGCUGCAGGACAAGCCUUCAAGAAACACCACAUCUUCAUCAGCUCAAGGCAAAGCCUCCAUCUCUUCAAAACCCCAGCCGGCUGUGAUAAAUGUUAUUAGCUGUGGUUCAGACGUCGUCAAGAUCAUCCAAAGAGAUCUGGAAGAGAUGCUGCAGAAGCAGCUGGUAGAGCGCACAGUGGAUGCACAUCACUUUCUCAGGCUUGAUGCCAUGCAUCUUGAUGCAGUGCUGGCAAAGGUCAGUGUCCUAGGAAUAAACAUUGAGCACAAAAGUUCUGAAGCAGCAUAUGGCAGCAGAGCUGGAAACAUAGCUAGAGCUGAAGCUAAAGCUCAGUCACAGUCAGGACAAGAUGAUGUCUAUGUCCUGAAAGGCCUAAAAGAGGAUGUUCUGAGUGUCACUGAUCUGAUAAACAGGGAAAUCCAGAAAGUACUUUGUGAAGACAUCAAGGAUAAAGAAGAAGCAGUGUUGGCUCUUACUAUUCAGUGGUCGAUUAAGGACAUAAAUGGAGCAUGGCAGGAGUUGAACCUGCAUGAUAACUACGUCCUGGAGGAAGCUCACAUGAAGAAGCAAGAUUCUGUUGAUGUGGUGGCUCCUGACGGGAUGGUGGUGAGCGUAAACCUGAAGAAACAAGAGGCCGUAAACAGGCAAACAGGCAUCACAUACCCAGUGAAAAGGAUUGAGUCUCAAACAGCCCUAGAGUUACCAGACACCUGGGAACCCAUGCACGACGAAGUUUUCAAAAAGGUCGAGCUGCAGCCUAACUCACCUGAGUACCAGACUGUUGCCGCGGGUUUCAAGCACACUACUAAAUACGACAUUGUCAAAAUUGAGCGUGUGCAGAACCUCUACCAGUGGCAUGCCUAUAGUCUUUUCAAGCAGCGUAUCCUUGCCAAGAAUGGUGUAGCAGAAAUUGGUGAGAAGUCUCUCUACCAUGGCACAUCAGCAGAGUCUUGUGACUGCAUUGAAAAGGGCACAUUUGACAGGAGUUUUGCAGGUACACAUGCUGCUAUGUUUGGAAAGGGAGUUUACUUCGCAGUCAACGCAGACUAUUCAGCCAAACGCUAUUCCCCUGCGGACUCAUCAGGCCUGAAGCGGGUGUUUGUUGCUCUCGUCCUGACCGGCCGCUACACACUGGGUAGCCCCAACAAGAAAACCGCUGACGGCUUCGACAGUUUGGUGGACAACCAGCAGAAGCCCUCCAUGUUUGUGAUCUUCCACGAUGACCAGGCUUACCCACAGUACCUCAUUACCUUCAAGUGACGGAGGCUGAGGGAAGUCAUGGUUUUCAUAAAGCACUGUCAACAACCCUUUUUAACUAAUCACACAAGACUGUGCUUUAAAUAGUUUGUCCUCACUUUAUCUUGGGUUAAUUUCUCAGCAACUAGAUGUACUUUAAAGUAUAAUAAAAAAAAAAAAAAAUGAUUGAAUUGAAACCAAAGAAACACUUUCAUAAAUCUGAAACACCUAAAAGUAUACAUAAAUAUAGUUUCUAAAGCUGAAAGUACAACAUGUAUUACGCCAACAUCUUAGUGGAAUUUAAGCUGUCACUAACUUCAACUUUUUGUGUUUUACUAUGAUUCCAUUUAUUGGUAUGGAUAUUGCUUAAUGCCAGUUUACAGCUGCCUGUUUUUAAAGUCCCAAUGGAAUCAAAUCAAAAUUGUUUUGUUUAGAUUUUUUGUAUUUCUUGGCACUUUUGUUACUCAAAAUAUGGACUAAACAUAGACAAAAAUCUUCUGUCAAUGUCUGACAUAUCUAAUGGAAAAUUAUUUACAAGUGUUGAUCACUCAUCAUGCACUUAGGGCUUUUUGCACAUUUAUCAGUAACAAACUUAAAAAUAGUGACGGGUUAAUUACCAUGUGAACUUUUAACUAUAAUAUUGACACAUGUCAGCAGAAAAGGUUUUGGUACUCGAAGAAGUACAGUAAACCUCAAUUCUGCUUCUUUUCUAAAUGUAAGGUAUAAAGUCAGUUCAAUUCAUCAAUUUUCCCAUUAAGUUCCUCUUCUGAAGUUAAUGUAUUCCUUAAAUGUGCUGCUUCAAGGGAAGUUGGAAAGCAUGGAACUUUUUGACUCUGCAAUAAGGAUUUAGAUGAAAUUAGAAUUACUUCUUAAAAAAGAGUACAUAUUGAAAAAGUGUAAUAUACCUUUGGGGAUGCACUGUAAAAUAUAAGGUAAAAAAAAUGUAAAUGAGAAUGUGAUGUCUUGUCUGAGACUGAUUGUAAUCAUAUGAUUAAUAAAUGCAGAUUAAGCACU